GCGCGGCCUGGCCGGGGGCGGUCGCGGGGAGUGGAGGGCGCGGAGGGGGGUCGUGGGCCUGUGCUGCUGCCGCCGCCGAUAUGCUGCUGUGUCGCUGCCCGUCCUCCAGCCGAGUACGUCAGUGCUUUCAUGCCCUAAAGUUGAUAAAGAGAGACCGCCUUCCAUCGCUGCAUAUUGCAAGAUGUGCAUCUGCUGCCGCUGUGCCUCGCAUAACCACGCAUUAUACAAUUCACCCUCGGGACAAAGACAAACGAUGGGAAGGGGUAAACAUGGAAAGAUUUGCAGAGGAAGCUGAUGUGGUCGUUGUUGGAGGAGGCCCUGCGGGUCUUUCAGCAGCGAUUCGACUCAAACAGUUAGCUGCUGAGCACAGCAAAGAAAUACGUGUUUGUCUGGUGGAAAAGGCUUCUCAGAUUGGUGCACAUACACUCUCUGGUGCUUGUCUUGAGCCAAGGUCCUUAGAAGAGCUCUUUCCAGACUGGAAAGAACGGGGGGCUCCGCUUAAUACUCCUGUAACUGAAGACAAGUUUGGAAUUUUAACAAAGAAAUCUAGAAUUCCAGUGCCAAUUCUUCCAGGACUUCCAAUGGUUAAUCAUGGAAAUUACAUUGUCCGUCUGGGCCACUUUGUGAGUUGGCUCGGCGAACAAGCAGAAGCUUUGGGUGUUGAAAUUUAUCCAGGCUAUGCAGCAGCUGAGGUUCUUUUUCAUGAAGAUGGUAGCGUGAAAGGGAUAGCAACUAAUGACGUAGGCAUCCAGAAGGAUGGAGCACCUAAAGCUACCUUUGAAAGAGGCUUGGAACUCCAUGCCAAAGUCACGGUCUUCGCUGAAGGUUGUCAUGGGCAUCUAGCCAAACAGCUGUACAAAAAAUACAAUCUAAGGGAGAAGUGUCAACCCCAGAGCUAUGGCAUUGGACUGAAAGAGUUAUGGACUAUAGAUGAAAAGAAAUGGAAACCAGGAAGAGUAGAACAUACUGUAGGCUGGCCUUUAGACAGACAUACAUAUGGAGGAUCUUUCCUUUACCAUUUAAAUGAGGGUGAACCUUUGGUUGCUCUUGGAUUUGUGGUUGGUUUAGAUUAUCAAAAUCCCUAUUUGAAUCCAUUUAGGGAGUUUCAGAGGUGGAAGCACCAUCCUAGCGUACAGCCUACUUUGGAAGGUGGAACAAGGAUUGCCUAUGGUGCCAGAGCAUUGAAUGAAGGUGGUUUCCAGUCAAUACCCAAACUCACCUUCCCAGGUGGAUUAUUAAUUGGUUGCAGUCCUGGACUCAUGAAUGUUCCCAAGAUCAAAGGGACACACACUGCAAUGAAAAGUGGCAUGUUGGCCUCAGAAGCCAUCUUUAGCCAAUUAAUCAAUGAAAAUCUCCAAUCAAAGACAAUAGGACUUGACGUGCAAGAAUAUGAAGAGAACCUGAAAAAGUCCUGGGUCUGGAAAGAGCUGUAUGCGGUCAGGAACAUCCGCCCCUCCUGCCACAGCGUCCUGGGUGUCUACGGAGGGAUGAUCUACACAGGGAUCUUUUACUGGAUACUGAGAGGAAUGGAACCGUGGACGUUAAAACAUCCAGGACCAGAUUUUGCUCAGCUCAAGCCAGCCAAAGAUUGCACGCCUAUCGAAUACCCGAAGCCUGAUGGAAAAAUCAGUUUUGAUCUCCUGUCAUCUGUGGCUUUAAGUGGUACAAACCAUGAACACGACCAGCCUGCUCACUUAACUCUCAAAGAUGACAGCGUCCCCGUGAGCAGGAAUCUGGCUGUAUUCGACGGACCAGAACAAAGAUUCUGUCCAGCAGGAGUUUAUGAGUAUAUUCCUCUGGAAUCAGGAGAUGGAUCAAGACUGCAGAUAAAUGCUCAGAACUGUGUCCACUGCAAAACCUGUGAUAUUAAAGACCCAAGUCAGAACAUUAACUGGGUAGUGCCUGAAGGUGGAGGAGGACCAGCUUAUAAUGGGAUGUAAACUGAUGGGAAAUUACUCAGUGACUUGUGAUUGCCAACCAAAAAGUUGGGAGUAUUUUAUGCUGCAUUGUCAUUAAAGUACAGCACUGACUCGACUGUUAAAGAGUUUGAGGCUCAUGUGCCAUUCUGAAUUGUAGGUAUGACCGUUGCAUUAAAUGGAAAGUUGGUGCCUUCUGAUUAAA